ACGUUGCAUGUACUAGUACUUUCCGCAAAUUCCUUCGGGAAGUGGAGGCCACUGGAUGGAGGGGUAGACUUGCAUGUUGACAAAAACGUCAAAAUAGUCUUGAACGGAGGGUUGAAUUUACUUGUAAAGAGAUAAACAAUUUAAUCUUUUCAAUAAACAAUACGCUGAAAAUGCUUUUGUUUGUAACAUGUGACGCACUGUAGCCGAAUAUACAGGUUGGAAUUUUUGUUUACAGUUGUCAAGCCGCCAUUUUUCGUCAGGUCUGCUUGGUUGCUUCGGGUUGCCCAGAUAUCGGACAAGUUUUAAUUUUAAGAAUUUAAACGAUUAACCUGAGAUGCCACUUGACGGCGAUACCUGAUCUGUUCACCAGUAGUCAUGGCCGAGGACAUUGAUAGGUUUAUACAGGAGCAGAAGAGUAAGCUUGCUCGAGAGCGCAAUGAAUUACAACAGGAGAGCGCUCGGAAGGUAAUGGAACCAUCUUCUACAAACUAUGCAGCAGACAACAACGGAUUCAAAGAAAACAUUCCACCAACCGAUAAAGGUGUCGCUCUGGAAACAAGCAAAGCUUUCCCGUUAGAUAACCGUGACGACUUGAGGUCUAAGCUGGCCAAAGAACGACAGGAGGAGUACCAGAAAUUCUUAGCAGAGAAGGAGAAACGUUCCGCCCCCAGAGCUCAGCCAACGAUCCCCGAUGAUGGAGCCUCCUUACCCAUCCCAAGCAGAGACUCUGCUAAGGACCGAGCGAGAAUGGCUCGGAACAAGGAGUACAACGACUUCCUGAAGGUUAAAGGCGGCACGAGUACCCGCAAGCCGCGAGUGGGAAAUGAAGAAUUGUCGCCAGCAAUUACACAGAGACCAGGCCCAAUCAACCCCAUCACUGGUGAUGCGGUUGCUGUGACUAAAACCUCCAAUCAGGACAGCCGUCCUCCUCCUGACCCCAGACCGGUAGCCCCACCCCAGGACAGGGCAGCCGACCUGCAGUUGCGGCGGGAGGCAGCCUCGCAGACCCCACGGCCCAUACUGAGAGAGUACGACGACAGACCCCCUCCCGGACCCCCUCCCGGACCCAGGAGGGGUUGGGGAACUCCCCAGCCCGAAUACGAUGAAAUCCUGAGGAGAAAACGUGAAGAAGAAGCUCGAUAUAGACGAUAUGACGAUGAUUUCGACUACUACCCGCCCCGUGGAGGAAUGCGACCCUCAUACAGUGAUCCGCAUCUCAACAAAUACCCCCCUGAGGAUGGAAGAUAUUCCCGAGCGAGGUAUGACUAUCAUGACCAAGAAUACGACAGAAGGAGAGUAAGAUUCAGUGAUGACCAUAAUCCGGACAGGGGCUAUCCACCUCCAGGCAACACACGGUAUGACAGACCCCCAGCAAACAGAGCCCCCGGAGAUGGUAGGGACGUGCUGAGUGAACCGUUGGGAUAUGACUGGAAUAUAAGUCGUGGUGGACGCAGUCGAACUUUACCUGAAAUGGACAGGCAAAGGUCUAACAUCAGCAGAGCUGGUGGUAACAUUGACAACAACCCGCCCAGAGCUAAGUCCGCUACGUUAUCUAAUGAAGAAGUAGGCAUUGCCAUCGGAAACCGCGAUACAGCCAGUGCAACAAGGAGAAAGAAAGAGCAGUAUCGGAAAGAACUAGAGCAGCAGAUGAAAGAAACGCAAGAUGCCAAGAGGAGAGAGAAGCAAGCAGAAAUGCGCAUCAACGCAAGUGGUGCAAAUGAUCCUACGAAAAAGGGACAAGGUCUCGGUUAUGCACCCCGCAGUGCCUCAAGAACACCGGUACCCGGCCAGCAACCCCCAUUGCAACCUCCCGCUGCCCAGCAAGCUGGUGCUCAGCAGGCGGGCUACCAGCCAUCAUUCCUUAACCAGGCCUACCCAGCUAGCCAGGGGCCAUCCGUACAGCCCCCUGUGCCAGCCUUGGGCUUAGAGGAGGCCAUUGCCAAGUCACGGUUAGGCGAAGCGCCCAUGAUAGAGAGGCCGUUCAGUCUGAAUAACUACCAAACUACGCUCAAUGCGACAUCCACGGAUCCGUACAUGUACUACGGUGUGAGGAAUCCGAUGGAUCCCGAUCCUGCCGACUUUGCCAAUCGCUUGAUGCAACAACCGUUCCCAUUACAUCCGUUGUACCCCUCGCCGUAUGGUGCCCUUCCAGGAGUUGGAAAGGUUGGUGUGCCAGCAAGCAGUGCCCCUCAAGAAAACCUGUCCCUCAUGAAUGCUUCCAAAGCGGCCCAGAUUCGUGGGGAGAGCUCCAUCAAGAACUUUGUCGGGGACACCAACUUGAGUCCAAGAAGUCUGAACGACCCCAAAUCUUACCAAGCUAUCCUGAAGCAGCAGAUGGAGGAGAAGGAAAGGAAGAAGCGACUGGAGAAAGAGGAGCAGGAGCGCUACAAUGCCAGGCUGGAAGCAGAGGCUGCAGAAUACAAUCCCUGGGGGAAGGGAGGGGGCGGGGCUCCCAUGAGAGAUAACAAGGGCAAGAUAGUUGCCGACCUCCGUCAGUUACACAACCGCAACGAGCAGGUGUUAAACGACCCAGCCAGCACCCAGCUCCAACUCUAUGCUGACCAGUCACCUGCAGCCACCACAAAUCCUGCUGCUCCCAUAACAGUGAAUAAAUCCCCCCGUCCUGGUGCCCCCGCUGAGCAGCCGGUCACCACAACACCCAAGGACCCUAAGGAUGAGUACAAGGAAUACCUCAGACAACAGGUUGAGGAUAAGAAGAGGCGGGAGGCGGCGCUGAAGGAGAAGAUCCGAUUAGAGGAGGAGAGAGAGGAGAAACGUCUGGCCCAGCAAAGGCUGCAGAUGCAGCAGGAUUUUGAGAAGGAGCAACUACGGAUGAAAGAGAAAGAGGAAGAGAAAAAGAGACAGGCAGAGGAGCUGGAGAGAAAGAUUGAAGAGCAGAAGAAGGAAGUGGAGAAGAAGAAGCACGAUGCAAUAGAAGCCAAGAGGCGUGAAGCAGAGGAAGACAGACGUAGACAGGAACCAACGAAGAGUGAUCAGAUGGACCGGUACUCACCACCGAUUCCUGCGCUUCGGAACAAAGAGAAUCCUCCGCGGCAAAGUUCGCCACCCAUCCCGACCCUGAGGAAGAAAAAACAAGAGGAGAAAAAGGAGUCUCCAAGGACAUCGAAAGAUAUUCAUGGAACACCUCGCAGGCCACCAGGAGAGAAACCAUCAGACUUGGAUAAUCACAAAAUCUUGGAUAAUCCUAAUUCCAAAUCCAAGGACAACAUUUCAACCCCCUGGAAUGAGCUCUCCCCUACCCAGACUCCCCCAAGGGAGGAAUUGAAGCGGGAAAAGGAAAACCCUCUGGGAAACCUCUGGGAAUACUCCCAGGGCCCCACCGGGAAAACAUCGGAGGAGAGGGCCCGGAUUUUCCCAGACAAGGAGGUGCCGGAAAAGCACGCCCAGCUGGAGGCCCUGGAUAAAUUCCGGCUGCCGGCAGAGAGCCCGUCUGGCUCCCCUCUCCCGCGGGUUAUUCCCAAGGAUAACGCUGCGCUGAGUCCCAUGGAAAAACUGCACACCCACGAAGCGAAAGAUGGAGAUGAGGCAGAUGGAGGACAGGAUGUCCAGGAAUCGCAGGAAAAACAUUCGGAAAAUACCGGAAAAUCUAGUAAGUUUGACUUAGUGGAUUGGCUGCGCUCCAUUGACCCGGACCUGGUCGUGUACGCGCCCGCCUUGGCGGAGAAUGGGUACAAGACUGUUAAGACGGUUCGUCGCAUGAGCCGGCAUACGCUCCUGCAGUUCUGCCCGGACAUGAAACACGGUCAUGUGGAGGCGUUGCUCCAUGAGGUGGAACGCAUUCAGACACCGGUCUCAAAGAAGCUGCUGGAAGAGGAAAGAAAAAGGAACAAUGAAAUUCGUCCAAUCGAUCUGUUGUCAGAUCCUGGUAUUCUGUCUGACGACGACAUCCAUUUCCAUGAAGACCUGUUUUCAUUCAAUUUUGAGAGCCCACCGGGAGAUACUUUCACUGAUUUCCUCAUUGAUGUCUCCAAGGAACCUGAACCAACCAGACAGAACUGGCAGUCUGAUAUGUAUAAGAAAGCCGUCCAUAUUGCUGAAGAGCAUUUGCUACAGAUCCAGCAGGAGCAAGAAGGCACCUCUAAAAAUGGCGUAGAUGGCAAAGGGCGCGACCCGCGUGAUGUCAUGUCGGCGUUGUCAGCGAUGCGACGGCAGCUGCAUAGUGAGCAGCAACGCAUUCAAAGCCAGUUGGACCGAAACAGGGAGCACGGUCCCUACAACUCUGGUCCCAAAGUCAGUUCUCGUCGCGCCAGCCCUCAGGUUGACGUUUUUGAAGUUGCUCGUCACAAGGCACCGGUCACCGUGCGAAGGGAGCCACUGACCCACCAUGCCGCUGCAGUUGAAUUUUCCAGUCUCAAAAACAGAGAAUCUGACUCUCGACAACGAUUGCGGGAGCAAUACCCGACCGAGCCCAGUUCUGACCUCACCUUGGAGGCCCAACAGAGGGCACUGUUGAAGCACCAGCAGGAAAAACUGGAGAACAUGCGAAGAGAGAAGAGCAAGAGACCAUUGGAAGAUCAGAUGCCAAGUAUGAAUCUGAGAGACCUUGGGAGGAACGACUCCCCACUUCUGGCCUUGGAAUCCGAGAGUGCCUUCAUCGGAAUCAACAAUGGCAUCGCGGACAUUCCCAGUACGCCUCCACACAGGAAGAAACCCCCGUCGCCCAGACGAGACUACGGUGAGCCGUCAACCUCAGUGGCUGCUCAGAAUAAGCCCAAGGACCCGCUCGGAUCGACAAUGAGUUUUGACAACGAUACAAUUGAUUACCUCGCCAAGAAAAACCAGGAAAGAAACAAGGCCUUGAAACACCUGGAGGCAGAUAAUACCUCUCUGGUGGAUCCUGACGAUGUGCUGCAGAGGUUCAUGAUGAAAGCAUCACAUGACAGACCCAAGUCAGGAAGGAGUGAAGAUUUGAGUUUAUGGCUACAGCCAACAGUCAGCGACUACUGAGAUGAUGCCAGACUGGGUCAAACUCAACAGAGAACUACAUUGUGGUGUGCAUGAACCAGCUAAAUCGCGCCCUCUAAUGCUGUCACACUAACCCUAUGUGGCAUCCUUUUGGGAAUAGUUGGAGUGAUGUGGUAUCACUCUGUUUUCUAUUCAUUGAUCAUUUUCUGUCGAAGUUGUUUACUUAAGAAUUUCCUUGCCUGUGGCAGAAUAUCAUGAUGGUCUCUAGUACAGUUCUGAAAUUUUGUGAUCGAGUUAGAAAGUUCACACAUAGCCGAGGUGCUAGUUGCCUGAGCAUGUUGUCUCUUAGCUAGUCUGAUGGAGGGAGGCUGCAGCAUUAUGCAACCCAUCCGGCAUAACGGGCACAGGUCACAAAGGUCACUUUUGAGUUAAAGGCCUUUAAAAAAAGGCUUGAGGAAAAGAAAUCAGGAGGAAUGGCUCAAUAAUUUUCACCCAC